AUGUGGUUGUUCGAUGUCCUCCAGGCACAUUACAAUAACGAGCUAUGGGAUGAGGUAAUCUUCUGCUACAAUAUUGCCCUUGAUCGACGGCUUGGUGGCGAUAAAAAUGAGGCACUUGGACAGGUGUAUCUGGCCGACUCGUACUUCUAUUGUGGAAAUUACAGCGAGGCAAAAAGACUCUACUACAACUCGUUGAAACUUUACAAAGGAUUGGCUCGACCGAUAACCUUAAAGGGGUUAGGUGAGGUUGAGGUACGAUAUCGACUCCAUCAAUGCCUUAACAAAGUGGGAAAGCUCGAUGAAGCAUUGGCUGUUCUUGCUGCCAUUCCGGUGGAGAAUUCCCCGCCUAAGGUUAAAUAUGCACUGUAUCGACUCUCUCUUCAGUUGAACUCAGCAAAUUCUGAGAACAUAAUCUCACGAUUACAAGACAUUGUAUCAUCGUGCCCAACAGUAUUCAGAUGUACAGUCGAGUUGUUAAAAUUGGGUAAUGCGAAGGCUAUCACAAAGCAAAGUAUCGAAGAAGCGGAAGAUGACGGAGUUCGCGGAUAUCUAGAAGCUGUAGCCACAAGCUCCACUGAGCCUUUUAAAGCAGCUGAACAAUUGUCGCGAUUACCUAAUUGUUAUUCACCAACAUUGCGGAUAGAGAUGGGGCGUUUGUACAAUUUGGUUGGGUUAAGAACACAAGCAAGAGAGCAACUGUGGAAAGCGUUUCAAAUGGACAAUGAUACCACAGAUGGAAUGGGCUUACUUGCUGCUUUGCUAGCUAAAGAAGAAGACGUAAAAAGCCUGGAGACGCUGGCCAUUAAUUUGAUGGAACGAAAUGAAUCCUCUGUCGAAGCUUGGGUUGCAUUCGGCUACUUGACAAAAUCUCAAAAUAAAAUGGACAGAGCUUUGCAUUUUGCUUUCAAAGCAACUACAAUGAAUAAAGGUCGUGUUAAUUCUGACGCUAUGCUGCUCAAAGCACAAAUUCUUAUUGAUAAAGAUAAUAUCGAAAAUGCGGCUCAACAUCUAGAGGAGCUUCUCGUGGAGGAUCCGCGAAAUAUCGAUGCAUAUGAAGCUUUAGUAUCACUCUAUAUAUCAAAUGCUAGAACUUCGGAGGCUGCGGGUGUGGUGACGAGAUGUGGCGAUGUUUUUGGACGACCAAUGCCGGCCAGAAUAAAGAUGCUCGAUGCUGCAGUUAGACUAAAAGAUGAUUCCAAUAGCAAGGAAGCUAGACUAAUACUUGAAUCGAUUGUGGAAGGCCACCCCUAUUUGGCUGACGCGGUUUUUAUGCUCAUUGACCUUUACAAAGAUUCAAAUGCUCCUCAAAAGGGAAUCGAUCUCUGCAAUUCGAUUAUUAAUUCAUGCCUUCUUGAUUCGAAUUUAAUAAGCAAAAUACAUCAAUCUUUGGGCGAUUUUCAAAAGAUGGCGUCUGCUAUCGAGUUGUCGGCAAAAUAUGCUUGCGAUGCGCAUAUUUCAUUUAAUAAGGCCAUGACAAUGGGAUCGCUUGAGUCGCAGCAAAAGUUGGUUGCUCUUGAUUCAGCACUGCGCUACGUUCAUUCGCCUGAAAAUGUCAUUCCGACGAUAUCGCGCAUAAGCGAGGCACCAGGUGCACCACGGGCAAGACGAAGACAGAGGUCACCCAGAUCUUCUCCACCACCCACACUCGCCCCUCGUCUUCAAUUCUCG